ACAAGUGAAGAAAUUAAUAAAGUACUAGCUAAUCAAGGUGUUUCUAUUACACAAAAGGAACUGGAUGUAUUGUUAAAUAUUAAGGGUGUAACUUUUGACUUACCCUUCGAUAGUCAAACAUUACCAGCUUUAUUUGGUUUAGUAGGUAAUCCUAAAAGCAGAAGACCUAAAGCCGGUAUAUAUAUUUUUACACACUUAGCUACUGGUAGAAAAUAUGUGGGGUCAAGUAAUAGUCUUUCAAGAAGAUUAGAACAAUAUUUUAACCCUAACCCUUUAUUUUAUAAGGAAUAUGGUUUAUUACUUCCUUUGAUUAAAAAAGAAGGGUUUUCUGCUUUUAAUCUGGAAAUAUUU